UGUCCCAUAUUGCAAUAAUCUGAGGAGUCUGACAUGCGCAUUAAGCUUGGUGUGGACGCUACCGAGUAUGCAUUAUUUGGGUCGCUCGAAAAGCUGGAGACGUUGCGAAUAUAUGUACAGCCUCAAGUCAGUUCAUUAGUGCAGCUAUUUAAAUCACUGGCCACCAAAAAGACGAAGGGAUUACUAUCUAUUCAUGAUGCGAAGAUGAAUUAUGAUGAAGUCGAUGAACUUGCCAAAGUUCUAACCCUGCGGACAUUGCAUUGCCAACUCAUCGAACCGCAACAUUUAGAACUCCUUACCUCGAUCGCCGAAAUGGACCACUCUGAAGUAACUUUUCACAAUGUUUUAAAUGAGUCCCGACCAGCAGAUGUCGAUUUGAUCAAAUUUACUCUUUUUGUCGAGAAGAAAUCGAAAACGCUUGUCUUGUUUGUUGAGAACCACACCUGUUCCACACUCCCAUAUGAGUUUAUAUCAAAACUUCACAAUGUGCGCUUGAUUCGCAUUGAGGGAAGCCAGGGAAGCGGUUCAUUAUGAAGCCUAUUCCAAGGACUGGCAUCCAG